AUGGCAGCAGCAGACCAGGAGGAGAAGAGCAGCAGCAGCUGCACUUUGAAGAGCAGCAGCAGCAGCUCGUUGAAGAAGAGCAGCAGCAGCAGCAGCAGAGAAGAGGAGCAGCAGCAGCAGCAGCUCGUUGAAGAGCAGCAGCAGCACGUUGAGGCGGCGGCGCCGGCCGGGAAGGACGGCGGCAGCAGCGGCCUGGAACGGCGGCGGCCUGGACCAGCAGGCGGCAGCAGCUACCAGGAAGAAGAGGGGAGAGGCUCGAUGAAGAGAGGAGCGGCGGCCGGCGGCGGCCGCGGCGGCGGCGGCGACCAGAGGCGGCGGUGGCGGCUGGGGAACCUAACCCUAGCUCUUAUACCAUGUUAUGAAAUGUCUCUACCAUCAAUGAUUAUAAAGCUCACUUUGGGUUUGCUCUGGUGCAUCAUCCACUUAGCAAUCAGCCUUUUAAGCUUAUGUUCUCAUCUGAUUUUCAAUCUAGAGUGUUGUCUUAUUUCAUCUGGGUUGUUGUGGAAGUACCGGAAUCUCCAACUUGGGAAACUCAAAUACCUCGCUAUCGUGGUAGAUAGCAGAGAAGCUAAGAAUACCGUGAAGAUCAAUCAGCUGUUAUAUUGGCUCAAAACUCUUGGUGUGAAGUAUGUAUGUCUCUACGACAUUGACGGAGUGCUGAAGAAAUUGUUUGAACCUGGUAUGAAUGGCUCAAGAGAUAACAAUCCCGGAGAUUAUUUGGAUGUCAGUGCAAAUAUCAAAGCCUUAGACUGUUGUCAGAAACAGAUGACGAUAGAGUGUAUUUCUGGUUCUGAUGGCAAAGAGGGCAUUGCUAAAGCAGCCAACUUACUUUGCUCCACUUAUUUAAACGGUGAUAGCCAUACUCAAGAGGAUGUCAAAAGUGAAGUGAAUGUAAAAAAUGAGCCAGUAUUUACAGAAACUGACAUGGCCAGUGCACUGAAAUCCAUAGGUUGUGCUGGACCAGAACCUGAUCUUCUACUUGUGUAUGGUCCUGCCAGAUGCCAUUUAGGCUUUCCUACAUGGAGAUUGCGGUAUACUGAGAUUAUGCAUAUGGGACCUCUGAAAUCAAUGAAAUACGGCGCCAUUGUGAAAGCCUUCCAUAACUACUCAAAGAAACACCAAAACUAUGGUAAAUGAGAGCUGCUGAUACUUAUAUACUGAAGACCAGAUUGUUGUGUAGAAAAGCACUCCUGGAAGUGGAAGCUUGACAACUGUUUUGUCUUCCUGUUCGUUAUUAUAAUAGUAGAGGUUAGUUAAGAUCAAGUCGAUACCCAUGUUGUAAUAUCUUUUGGCAAGAUUAGAAGUGUUAUUGAUAGAACAUACGGGAAUGGAUCCCAUUGUAAAGCUUGCCUGGUCAUGAAGAUUAAUGAACCUGCUCCUGAGCGAGCACACAUGGAUUGAUAUCAGCAAUGUUAUGCACCCAAAUCAUGCCAAUCUUUUUGGUUGUGUUUGUACAAC